ACCAAGCGUUAUGCCAAAUUGACUCGGUCUUGGCGAUUGAUGCUUGACCUAUACACUUACCUAAGUACAGUACAUCCGUGAUGCCAUAGACGAUUGUCGGAUCGGAUGUUGCGCUUUCCUGAACGGCAUCAGAGCCAUUAUUCUAACGUUAUGACUGCCCAUAACAGCAUUACUGUCUUGCACAUCAAUUUUUGGUUCAAUAGAACGGGCCCCUCUCGGAGCAAUCAAUGGCUAGCCCCAUACCCAUCUUUUUGCCCUAUAGGGAACCAUCGGCUUGAGCUCGGAGGUGAUGUGUUGGGAAAUUUUCAUUGCUUCAUGCCCCCCUUUCUUACUCAUGGAUUCGGAUGCAUUCUCCAAUUCCCCUGGCGCGGCUCUGACGGAUCUCGCGUCUCUCGAUCAGGCAAUUCACCGCGUCUCGGUCUUACAAGCCGAACCAUCCGCCCCACUCGCGUGCUCUUUUCCCGUAUUUCCGCUUACCAUCAAACAUUGUCUUCUGUCUAUCCCUUUUCCUGGACGUGCUCUGGUUAUACUAGCGAUUUAUCGGCUCAUCUCCGUUCUUGAACUUCAAUACUGGUUUUUGGUAUUGCUUUACUGUUUCGGCUUUAGGGGCUUUCCCCUCCCGUCUAUAUCCCUGUCGCUCCCUCGCUCUCCUUCGACAGCGGCUGCGCGGAUCUCGUCGGAGUCUCGGACGGAGAUUACGGUAAGCAGUAAUGGCGAAAUUCCGAAGUUGAUGUGUCUUUCAAAGAUCCCCUGUCGCUGAUCGUCGUCACUCGCCUUCGCGACAGUUAACGGUGAUGCAACCAGAAAGGGGAUGAUCACCAUGUCAUCCGCUAUGCUUAUUUCCAUAUCCAGCGUGGAUUGACGGUGGUGUUCUUCAUAACGCGUUUCGCUGCGGAGUAGAUUAU